AUGUCACUGCCCGUAGCUAGGUUAGCAUGUGAGCCCUGUCGCCAGAGAAAAUGUAAGGCAAGUGUACUCCUAAUUCAAGCCUGUUUCGUUCGCUCACACGUAUCCCCGUCAUGCUCCAAAUGCCAGGGAGCCCCACAACAAUGCUAUUACUCCGAAGCGAGUAAAAGGUACCAAAGUGCAUAUCCUGUACAUGUCAAGUUAUGGCUUACCAAGUUACUAUUCAGAGGUUUACCCCCCGGCUACCUUGCGGGAAUUGAACUCCGCCUAGUUGAGACUGAGAUCGCUCUACACAGAGCACUAUCGAGACUGUACAACCAUUCUGAUGCCAAAUUCCAAGAAAGUCGAGAAUUUCCGCAAGUCUCCAAGGGUGAACUGAUGGAGCAGUGGCAAGAAUUACCUCUAGGGUCAGACAUUGAUCUGGAAACAUGGUGGUCUCGGAAAACGAAAUAUGUCGAGCCAUUCGAUAGGGAGUGGGGUCCACCGGAAAAGACUUCAACUCCCGAAAUACACAUUGCUCAUGGAAUCGAUGACAUCCCAUCCGUUGACUGGGAGCCUACAAAUGAAAGACAUAGAAAUGUUCCCGAAAGUACAGAUUCACUCACUCGGGAGACUAUGGCUAGUGCAAUUUCUAGUCUACCAAGGUCCCCGAACUCAGUCGAAGUGCAAAAGAGCCCUGUGGACCCUCAGCUCCAGUUUGAGAGCGACAUCCCCGAUUCUUUAAGCUGGCGAAGAAAUUCACAAACACAAAAUUUUGGUGAGACCGUAACGAUUGCAGAAUCCUUCGCAAGAGCGCAUCAUAAAAUGUAUUUCUAG